AUGCCACCAACUGCUGAGGUCGCGCCACAGCGAGCGGAGUCGAAUAGCUCUACAGCUCCAGCCAGACCCUCUCUCAGACUUAGCGAAGACGUGAAAAGGGAUGCCAAAGGAUCUAUCCGACUUGCUAUCGAUGCCUUGAGCGCUGUAGCUUCCGUGACCGAGGACCUACCGUAUAUCGGGGCUGUGUCCGGCGCUCUCAACGCCAUGAUGAAGAUAUAUACCGAGGUCGGGGCGUACAGAUCGGAAUGGAAGGCCGUUGCGAGUACCUCGCAGAAGAUCAAAGAGAUCGUGGACGAAGCGCACGCCAAAUGCGUCAAGCUGGUUGACGGUCGCGGAGGGAGCUUGCCUCCCGUCAUCUUGGAACCACUUUAUCGACUCGAGGAAUCGCUCAUCAUCACGGUCACGACGCUUAACGCCUGUAUGCCCGUGGCUGCGAACACUCGUUCUCUCCGUUUCCGGAAGCGAAUGCAAGGCUAUAUCCGCGAAGUGUUGAACCGCGGUGACCUUGCAGACAAGGUCAAACAGUGCCGGUCAGACAUGCAGACAACCCUUGAGCUAUUCAACACGAGGUUGAACAUCGACCACGCCCUCCGAAUGCAGUACCUUGUCGACAUGAUCGAGCAGUGGAAUAGGAAGAUGCCUCGACCUCGCGUGACAUCCACAUCCUUGAAACUCCCUCCCGCGCCUGCCAUCUUUCACGGGCGCUCUGAAGAAGUCCAUCAUGCUGUGAAUCUGAUUCUCUACCAGGCCCCAGCUCGAGUGGCUUUGCUCGGUCCUGGUGGUAUCGGAAAGACCUCCAUCGCGCUUUCCGUCAUACAUCACCGUCGCGUUACGGAGCGUUAUGGCGAACAUCGUUAUUUCAUGUCUUGCGAAGCGGUUACGACUGCCGAGGGUGUUCUACAGGGACUCGCCAAGAUCUUCGGACUCAAGCCUGAUGGUGGUAUAGAUGCAACGCCGAUGAACGUCCUGCUAUCUCAUCUCGUGACUCAACCAGCGCUUGUACUGUGUUUGGAUAAUCUCGAAACACCGUGGGACGUGGAUGGCCCCGGAGUAGAGGAUCUGUUGGAGAACAUAGCAAACAUUUCUCGUGUCACCUUGAUUGUCACUAUUCGGGGUACAAAGCGACCUCAACGAGUAUCUUGGACUCUACCCUUUCUGCCCCCAGUAGAGCCGCUCGCACUCGAAUCCGCUUUGCGUAUAUGGGAUGCGAUUUGCGUUACGCAUGAUGAAUAUUCAGCGAAGUUGAUCCAAGCCGUGGACCGCGUGCCGUCGGCAGUCAUGUUCCUGGCGCUUCGCGCCGAAAGCGACUCUUCUGAAAUGCUCUGGACCCAAUGGGAGCGUGAAAAAGUCGGACUACUGCAGAUUCAGGGCUCCGAUACGCGUCUGAACAACAUCGGCAUCUCUGUCCGGCUUUCACUCGAACAGCUCCGUUUACGGGCUGACGAGGAGGCAAGGCUUAUGCAGAGCUGCUACCGAACUUCCGGCGCUCUAUUGACGCUGUACAGCAGUGCUCACUAG